AAGGAAUCGCGCUAAGUCAAACUUCUACCCCACUCAACCAUUUAAACUAUACAUACAUUAUGGAUCUGGGAGACACUUAUGAAGAAAGUGAUAAGUUAACGAUUAUGCCUCUUGGCGCUGGUCAAGAAGUUGGAAGGUCAUGUAUACUGUUAACAUUUAAAGGGAAGAAAAUAAUUCUGGAUUGUGGUAUACAUCCUGGCUUACGCAACAGAGAAAGCCUGCCAUUCAUUGAUGCAAUCCCGGAUAUCCAAACGACAGACCUUAUUUUGAUUAGUCACUUUCAUCUUGAUCACUGUGGAGGGCUUCCACAUUUGCUUUUAAAGACUGGAGCUAAGUCAAAAUGUUACAUGACACACGCAACGAAAGCUAUUUAUCGUUAUUUGCUUGCUGACUUUGUUCGUGUUAGCAAUUCUGGUGGCCUACCGGAUCAAUUAUUGUACAGUGAUCGAGACAUAGUAGCUAGCUUAGACCAUAUUGAUACCAUAGAUUUUCACCAAGAACUUGAAGUUAACGGGAUAAAGUUUUCUGCCUAUCAUGCUGGACAUGUGUUGGGUGCAGCGAUGUUUCUAAUAGAAAUUGCUGGUGUAAAAAUUUUAUAUACUGGAGAUUUCAGCCGACAAGAAGAUAGACAUUUAAUGUGUGCUGAAAUUCCGCCUAUACGCCCAGACGUUUUGAUAACCGAAGCUACUUAUGGUAUCCAUAUCCAUGACAAACGAGAAGAAAGAGAAGCUAGGUUUACUAGCUUAGUUCACGAUAUUGUCACUCGUGGAGGGCGCUGUUUGAUUCCAGCAUUUGCACUUGGCAGAGCCCAAGAAUUAAUGCUGAUUCUUGAUGAAUAUUGGGACAAUCAUCCAGAACUGCAUGACAUACCUAUUUAUUAUGCCAGUCAGCUCGCACGGAAAUGUAUGGCAGUUUACCAAACGUAUAUUUAUGCUAUGAACGAACGGAUUCGCAACCAGUUAGCAAACAACAAUCCAUUCUGUUUCCGACACAUAUCCAAUUUAAAGAGUAUUGAACAUUUUGAUGAUUCUGGUCCAUGUGUGGUUAUGGCCAGUCCUGGAAUGAUGCAGUCCGGUCUUAGUCGAGAGCUAUUUGAGAAUUGGUGCACAGACAAACGUAAUGGAGUAAUUAUUGCAGGCUAUUGUGUCGAGGGUACUCUGGCGAAACAAAUUUUAUCUCUACCGACUGAAGUACCUACAAUGUCAGGUCAAAUGUUACCGUUGAAAUGUUCAGUAGAUUAUAUUAGUUUCUCUGCUCAUACUGACUAUCAACAGACGAGUGCAUUUAUCAGAGAACUAAAACCAAGCUAUGUCGUAUUAGUACACGGAGAACAAAACGAAAUGUUACGGUUAUGUGGGGCUUUACAAAGGGAGUAUGAGGAUGAUGAAACAUGUAGACUGGAAAUAUUUACACCUAAAAACUGUGUCCCGGUUAACCUACGUUUUCGUGGUGAGAAAGUUGCUAAAAUUUUGGGCAGUCUUGCUCAUAGUGCUCCUAAAGAAGGUCAAACUAUUUCAGGAGUACUUGUAAAGAAAAAUUUCGCAUAUCACAUUUUAACACCUGGCGAAUUACCGACAUACACUGAACUAGCUACAACUGUAGUAAAUCAAGUCAUUUCUAUUCCAUUUACUGGCAGUGCUAAUCUUUUGAAAUUUCAUCUGGCUUUACUUGCUGGUAGUGUGGAAACGGUAUCUCAAAAAUCAGAUAAUGUACAGUAUCGUGUAUUUGAUGCAAUUAAUAUUACUUGGCGACCACAACAGAUAACUAUGGAAGUAAGUUAUAUAUAUAGUCAAAGUGAGUUGCAGUUUGUCAGAGAUUGAAGAUAGACACACUCGGGUUUAUUAAAUAUAGCAGACCAGUUUUAAGAGUAAGAUUCAAUUUAUUAGAUGAAUUAAACUUCGCAUAAUAAGUUGCUUAGAUAUUCUGUACAUAAAUUUUUAUGUUAGUUUUUUGUAAAAAAAAUUACAUAGUAGUACUUCGUUGUUUAAUUAUGACUAUUCAUCUGAUACAUUUCGAUCUUAGUGGCAAUCCAACCCUACAAGUGACAUGUAUGCGGAUGCUGUACAGAAUGUUAUUUUACGUGCUGCUAUGCAGGGAAUGCCUCCUAGAGGCUUACCUCAUCUUAUUGAACCGAGCAAAGAACAAUUUCGAGCUGCCCUCGAAGUAGCACUUCAAGAUGCAUUCGGUAUUGACUGUUUAGAAGAAGAAAUAAUUAAGCCUGAUGCUAAUCAUGUUAUAGUGCAUGUUGAUUCUCAUGUCGCUGAAGUGAAUCUAUGCGAUUUAUCCGUCUCGUGUAAAACCAACCCAAGAUUGGAGCAUAUUCUUCAAGUUAUGGUCAAUCGAUUAAACCACUGUAUUUCAGCUAUGUGAAUAUCACUGUGAAUUAAUUGUUUUGUAAAUUAUAAUCUUUUCCACAGAA